UGAAAACAUGUUGUUUGGACGCUGUUUUCCGACACCAUGCUUUUACCAAGUGGCCCGAUGAAGAAUCGUUCUGUUGCAAAUGGCUUUUAUUCUGCCCGCUGUUGCUAUGGGAGGUUCACACGUUGACUUGAUGUCUUCAGCUGUUGUAAACAACGCUGAUCCGCAGCUAAAUCCGCCAGAUAGGUCAUCCUGUCAACUCCACAAAGCACCGGGAAGCAGCGGACACAGCCAGUCUCAGGCGGGUGUGCUAAUGUAGCGUUAGCAUCUCCUCAACUCCUCCACUCAGCAAUCCCAUACAUUCAGCUGGAUGCUGACAGUCACCUGGGUGGGGCUGACGCGGAUGACGGUGCACGGGAGCGGAGCUCAGCGAUACAAACCUAACCCGCUCAGGAUUACUGUAAAGCAGCCAGGGGCGGUCGGUCCGUCCGAAGCCAAGCCAUGACCAAGCCCGAGUCGAGGAGAAGCGGCGCGGCUGCGAUCAACGCCGCCGCGAAGUGCGCCACUGCCGCAUCCGCCGCCGAGCAGGUCAAUAACGGCGCGGCUGAGCCGGGCUGUCCGGGUCAGAGCGCCCCGAUCAAAGCCAAGGUGAUGAAGCAGAGCUCCAGGGAGAGCCUCUUCCGGAGGAACACCGAGUGCGAGGUGUACGACGACGGGACCAACACCUUCUUCUGGCGAGCCCAUACUGUCACAGUACUGUUCAUUCUGACUUGUGCUUUGGUCUACGUCACGCUGUUGGAAGAAACCCCCCAGGACACGGCCUACAACACCAAAAGGGGGAUUGUAGCCAGCAUUCUUGUGUUUCUCUGUUUUGGAGUGACACAGGCCAAAGAUGGACCCUUCACCAGACCACAUCCAGCUUACUGGCGGUUCUGGCUUUGUGUCACUGUUGUCUACGAGCUCUUCCUCAUCUUCAUCCUAUUCCAGACGGUGCACGAUGGAAGACAGUUCAUGAAGUACAUUGACCCCAAACUGGGGGUCCCCCUGCCAGAGCGCGACUAUGGAGGGAACUGCCUCAUGUAUGACCCAGGAAACACCACUGACCCCUUCCACAACAUCUGGGACAAGAUGGAUGGCUUUGUUCCAGCUCACUUCCUGGGAUGGUAUAUAAAGACUCUGGUGAUCCGGGAUUGGUGGAUGUGUAUGAUAAUCAGUGUGAUGUUCGAGUUCCUGGAAUACAGCCUGGAGCACCAGUUACCUAACUUCUCUGAGUGCUGGUGGGAUCACUGGAUCAUGGAUGUUUUGGUGUGUAACAGCCUGGGAAUCUACUGCGGCAUGAAGACCCUGGCCUGGCUGUCAAUGAAGCCCUACCAGUGGCAGGGCCUGUGGAACAUUCCCACAUACAAGGGGAAGAUAAAGCGCAUAGCAUUCCAGUUCACACCUUACAGUUGGGUGAAGUUUGAGUGGAAGCCCGCCUCCAACCUUCGACGCUGGCUCGCUGUGUUAGGAAUUAUAUUCAUGUUCCUCCUGGCAGAGCUGAACACCUUUUACCUGAAGUGUGUGUUGUGGAUGCCCCCUGAACACUACCUGGUGCUGCUCCGCCUGGUCUUUUUUGUCAACGUGGGCGGUGUCGCCAUGAGGGAGAUCUAUGACUUCAUGGACGACCCGAAGUUCCACAAGAAGCUGGGCCAGCAGGCGUGGCUGGUGGCAGCAAUCACAGUGACAGAGUUCCUCAUAGUGGUCAAGUACGACCCCAACACCAUCAUGCUGCCCAUCCCCUUCUUCGUCAUGCAGUGCUGGUUGUUAGGAAUCUUCCUCAUCUUCAUCUGGACUCUGUGGCGGUUUUUCUUCCGUGACAUCACACUUCGUUACAAAGAGACCCGACGACGCAAACAGGAAGUGCCUGCUGACUGGGACCGCCCUCUAAGCAACAGCGGCACCAUCGCCCCCUCUGGGCGCAGCAAACUGAAUGGCAGCUCCGAGACUGUGAGGCAGAGGAAAUCCUGAAAGAGGAAGGGGGUUGGGUUCUCACUCAGCAGCUACUGAAGGAGAAAGGACAAGGUUUGAUGGGAAAAUAAAUAAAAUGAGUGAAGGAGAAUGGUGACACAGAGACGCAUGCAGAGACACACAGAUGGACACGUAUUUGCUGUGUAGACUGUUUCUGUGCCUACGUGAAACCAGGAGUCGUUCAGACAGAGGUGAGGGCGGAAGGGGCUGUUUUCAUUUGGUGCAUCGUCUAGUAAUUGUCAUACUACACGGAUUUACCUCAUUCUAUUUUUAAAGUACAUGUGCGCAAUCAUGCACGUGACAUUAUUUAUACAUGUGAAUGAUGAAGAGGGGGAAAAAAUGCUAAUGUAGAGUAUUGGAAGGAGGGAUAGAGGUGACCAGUGACUCGACCAAUAACUGAAAACAGAUUCCAUUUCUCAGCUGCACUUUGUCUUAGAAAACAAGCGUCAAGUUCAUGUCGCUGUAAAUAUGCUUUUGUUCUGUGUCAUUCAGUGCUGAUGAGAGUAAUGUCUUUUGAUGUGAUGACUGAUCUGGAUUCCAUUUAUCGUCCAUUGCUAUGCAGUCUUCAGUAUCUUCAGGAGUUUGGCCACACUAUUGCCGAGCAGCAGUUAAAACCAAGCUUGGUCAAUAACAAAACAUUUCUGUAACCUUCAGUUAAAAUGACUUUAAGGUCUAUUGAUUCCCAUAAGUUUUUUACAGAUUGUACUUCCCUGUUCUUAAGUUUGAUCCCAGUUUUUUUUUUUUAUUAUAUAAAUAUGUUAACAUGUUUAAAUGUUUUCAUUUACUGUUCAGGUGUGUGAUUCCUAGAAGCGCUGACCCUGGAGGUUAUUAAAACUGCUGCGGGAUCCUCCCUCAGUCACAGAGAGGAGAGGAAAAUCCUCUAAAGUUGUUCUCUCCUCUCACGCUUUGUUCUUGAAAAGAACGAGUUUGUAAAAAUAAAAAAAAACAAACAAAAAAAGUCAAGACGUACCAUAUUCUAGGUAUUUAACUUCCGAUACUACACAUGAUAUGAGAUAUAGUUUGGGUAUUUUUUUGUAGAUGUUUUGAUGUCACUGUUAUUUCUUUAGGGUGAAUCGAUUCUGAACACUAGAUUGUACUCUAGCUCUUUUUUCUUUGGUAAAUGUGGUGCAGAGAAAUCGGCAGCAUUCUCAUAAACAGAUCCAGGACAAUCCUGCUGACAGGAAGCUGUACUCACUGUCCUCUCUGAUGUAAUGAAUCUACACUGUCAAGGUUGAGGCUUUGCUGAAACGUUGGCUCAUUCGGUCACAUCAGAAUGUGAAUUUAAUAUCUGUUUCUUUUUAAUGCCAAAUCUCUUUUUCCAGUUGAAUUAAUUCAAUUUUCGAAAGAAAUGAAGGUUUAAUGUCGAGUUAAUUUGUGUAAAGGUUGGGGGAGAGAACCGAUCUUGUGUGUGUGUUGGGUGGAGUUGCCAUAUUGCACAUGCAAUCAGCCAAAGCUUAGAUCUCAUUAUUUUUAAAGCCAUAAAAGUAACAGAUUCACUUGAGCUGCUCCAACUGCCGUUAAACCUCACGCAGAUUCCUUUUGAUUUUAAGCAAAGCCGAAUUUCAAAGCCAUUGGAGUGAGUUGCCUCAGUAAACAGUUUUAUGUUCCAAACUUAACUUGACACCUGGAAACCAAACUGACAGUAAGUCAGUAAGUUGGAGAUCUCACCUCAUUUCUGUCACACUGGGUAUCUCGUGUCAGAUGCUUCUGAUUUCCUUCAGUUUUAAACCUUUAGUCCAUGAAUCGUUCAUCAACAGAAGAUACAUCCACAGCUAUUUUGAUAAUCAGUUGUCAUUUUUAAAUUAAAUAUGUCAAAUAUUCUCUGGCAGCAGCUUAUGUGGUAGUGAACUGAAGACCCUCAGGUCUCAGCUACUGGACGAAACAAGGAAAUUGAAGACAUGGCUUUUUUUACUAUUUUCUGACAUUUUACAGGCCAAUCAAUUAGUCAAGCAAAUGAGCAACAGAUUAAUCAAUAAUCAAAAUAGUCAUUAGUUUAAGUUAAAAAAAAAAAACCUGCCUGACCCAAACCUGGAAAACCAAGUGUGAGUAGCAUCAUCAUCACUACCAUCUGACACCAGACACUUGGCCAAAGAGACGAAGUUCCUGCCAUCAUUUAAAAGAAAUGAUCCAGAAAAGUCAUUAUCAUAUAACACGAUAAGCAAACUGAAAAUAACACCUUUCGCAUUCUGAUCUUGCUGAAUCUCCACUGUCAACAAAAAAAGCUUUAGUCUCUUAAGGUCAUAGAAUCAGUGGUUAACUUGUGUGUGUGUGCGCGUGUGCACGUACAUCCGUGACGAUAGCUCCUAAUGAUCUUGUUGUGAACUAGACUGCUGCUGUAUAAAGAUAAAGUCCUUUCCUUCUGAAUGUAAACCAGCAGAAUCUGUUGUUCAAAAGAGAGGGAUGUUCAUCAUUUUGAAGUCCUGACGUUUGUCACAUAUACAAAACUCUUCAUUCUCAUCCAGACUUUUGAAAUACUUCAGCCUCUUUUUUUGAACUCAGCGAUGCUGUGCAAAUUAAAAACCCUUAAAACCUCUAGCUGAUGUAAAACUGUGCUCGUUAUUCUGUGCUGUCCUGGUUCAGUGGCUUGAGAACUUUGUAGGAGUUCACAGAGUUUGCUUUUUUCCUUCUUAAAUCAAAUUGAUUUAGAUGUGGGUCUGGGGGAUUCACUGUGUUACUGUGUUCAUGUCUUAGAUUGGCUAAAGUGCAUAUAUUUGCACAUCAGCUCUGACAACACUAAAUAGUGAAUUCAGAGACUGAAACGGGAACUGGCCAAAAAUAGUAAUAAUAAAUAAACAGGACCUUUUCCUUUGUGUUUAAUGAUAGUGUAGUUUCACUUACGGACACAUGGGGGCGGUAUAUGAUUUGAUUUACUGCUGGCGCUGCCCUUUGUUCUCGUCUCCAUGACAAUGAUCAUUGGCAACUUGCAGUUAAAAGCCAUUUUCAAUGAUGGUUUGUGUAAAUGUGAAACAUGUUAAAGAUCAGAGAAAUUAAAUAUGCUGCUGCACCACAUAAUUUUAUAACGUUUUCAAUAAAAUCAAAUGAAAACCUGAA